UAUUCAAUUGAAGACUUAUGUUUUGAAAUCAAAUGGUAAUGUGUUUGAUUUUUGUUUUUUAUCCUUUAAGUGAAGGUUCUCGACACAUCGAACUGCUCAAAACAUUGCAUAUCAUCCAUGGUCUGUGAAUGCGAUUUUUGCCCAACACCGGAUGAAACAGUUGAGACAAUAUCAGGUUCAUCGUGCGGUUCCGUAAAAAGCUAUGCGUCAAGGCGCGAUUCAACUGCAGUUGACGUGUUGGAUGGUAUGAAAGUGGGCAACAUGACAACCAACCAGAACGACGCAUAUAUAUUCGCCGGACCGAUAACAUGGAAUAACGAUAGAUUCUUCGUUUUCUCGAACUCGGAUAAUGAGAUGCAACAUAAACGCAUGACGGAUGAUGAAUCUGAGAGCGUCUUGUGUAACAGGCAUGGAACACAUGUAGAGGAAGAUAAAAACUACUCUGAUCCAGUUCUUUCUCCGAAUGAACUGCCACGCGAUGAGCAAAAAACAUGUGUGAAGAGAGAUAACAUCAACAAAGCGCCUUAUCCUCUUGCAAGAGAAACGAACCCCGUGCCUCAUCUACCUUUUACCAAUUCAACGGAACAAAACACUGAUGUUGAGACAAGACCUCAGACGAGAACUGAUACCGCCAAUAACCACAGCGACAGCGGUCAUUCAGAUGUCUUCCAAUAUUUAGAAACUGGACCAAUAGACAUUAAACGUAUUACUAAAUUAAGCGUUGAAGAGCUACACAAAUAUGUAGAAAAUGUAGAAAAUGAAAGAGCUGUUCACAAAAAGAAGGCGGAGUUAAUACAACAGUUGAUAGAGAAAAUGAAAGGAUUGAGCUCGGACAAGGACAUGAUGAUUAGUUAUGUAAAGGAAUUGGUAAAUACGGACAAACGGUUGAAAACUCAACAAAGUUACAUCGAAAAUAUUGCAGCAGAUCAAGAAGACAUGCAGAAUCAAGAUGCAUACCCAUCCAACGGCAUUUAUUCUGCAAAACAACUGGAAAUCCAAAAUACAAAUUCGAAUAUACCACAGGACGUAUCGGAAUGUGUUGGGGUUAAUUCGGUUUUAACGGGAACAAAUGGCGAACGAGAAAAAACCCGAGAACUAUCAUCCAAAGAUUCGGCUAUUUACAGCUGCUCACAAUCGCAGAUGUACCCUAUAACGUAAGCACAUGAACGUAACAAUAAACAUUUAACCCACAUUAACGAAGUAUUGGACAGCACCCACAAUUUUCACUUAUUAAUCUUAGACAUUAUUACAGUUUCAAUUUACACUUUGAGAUUUUUCUAACGCAACACCUAUUCAAAUCAAUAUAGCCCCUUUAUUAUUGAACGGAUUUUGUUGAAAUUUGGACUCAAACUAAUUCAACACAUAUCUAAUAAUCCAAGCAAAUUUAAUUGAAAUCGAUCAACAAUAAAAUAUCAAACAUAACAAAUUUAAAAAAUCAUUGCAAAAGUUAAAUAAGCAAAUCGUGCAUCGUAAAAUAAUAUUGGUAACUGUAAAACGCAUCAACUUACUUGUCUUAAUGACAGACCGACUUGUAACAUUGCGCUCAUACAAGCCAUAUUGUUUUUCUAAUUAAUGUUAUGUUUUCCAGGUGUCAAAAGCCACCUAGAAUUAUGCAAUAAAUUUAAAUCGGAAUUGCGCGCUGAACUACACUUGAUGACUUUUCGAACGCAUCAUUUUUCAAACUUAAAUAUCUCAAUU